GCUGGGUAGUGCUUGUCAGAAAUGCUGCAAUGCUGGAUGAUGCUUGGCCGUCGCUGGAGGAGCCCGAUGUGCUCAACGAGGACGAGCGAGAUGCGUUGCUGAACAAGCGUGUGCACCGCAGCUUGCACAAGCUGGUGAACGAUCUGAACCUUCGCGACGAAGAGAUUCAGAGGCUUGGGCAACAGCAUUUCCGAGAUCAAGCCAGCCACCUGCAGCAGUCCUACCCAAAUGUUCCAGAGCUGGAGCGGCUCCGCCAGCGGGGCGCAGAGUGCGGUUUCCGGGUCGCGGACAGGGACCGCCCGGCCUGGCAGGAGGAGGAGCGCGAGGAGGACCCCUACUGGUGGCGCCGCGAUCCGGAGUCGCUGUGCUUUGAUCUGCACAGCACGGCGGAGGAGAAUCUCACCCAUGGCGCGCCUGCUACAACUCAGUGGUGGGAUGUGGAGAAGCUGGCGGAGUCUGAGAACUUUGUCGCCAUCAGCAAGCCUGCAGGCAUGUUUGUGGUCACCGAUGAGCGGGGCCUCUGGGAAGAGUCUGCCACCAACUUCAUCCACGUGGCGCACCGCAGGGUGGAGAUGCCGACCCGCUUCGAGCCGCGGCAGCGGGGGAUCUGCCACCGCCUGGACAGCCACACCAGCGGCGUGCAGAUCUUCGGCAAGAGCUGGGGCGCUUUUCGGCACUUUGUGUGCCAAAACAGCUCACAUCGGGUGCAAAAGGAGUACAUUGCGCUGUUGGAGGGACGGCUGGGUGGUGAAGAUGGGCCCUUCACUGGAGUGGUAGAUGUGCCCAUGAAGAAGUGGCAGGACUUCGCACGCAGAGAGUUUGGCAGCGUCGCUUGCACGAAGGAGGGCCAAGCCUUUCCAGCCGUGACCUGGUACACGGUGCUGAGGCAUUGGCGUGUGCCCGCAGUGGGCCGGCUAGCCUUCUGGGGCGAAGACCGGUGGUUCACCUUGGUGCAGUUGCGGAUACUCACAGGGAGAACGCACCAGAUCCGGCUGCACAUGGCUUUCCUGGGGCAUCCGCUGGUGGGAGACAUCAAGUACAAUCCAGCCCGCUAUGAGCAUGAUUGUGCUCUUGUGCCGCGCAUUUUCCUGCACUGCCUGAGAAUGGAGUUUCAGGACAUGGAUGGCGAAACCUUCACUGCUCCCAGUGAUCUUGCGCCGGAUUUGCAGAUGGUGCUUUGCGAGCUACAGAGGCUCUCUGGGCACUCGGAGGAGCGCCUGGACGGGACGCCUUUCCCAGGCUUGGUGCAGAUACUGAAGACCAGCAAAGCCCCUGUGGCGAAGCCGGCGUCGCAGGAAGGAGUGACCAUUUUGCACUUCUGCAAGAACUGCAGGGAGUACGAGGUUGCAGAGCGCAGACUCGUGCAUGACUCCCGCUCGGAGCGUGUGGCCAUGUACUGGCGGCUGACCUCCUAUGCAGGCGACACGCUGCAGAUUUCCGGGCCACACGACUGGGGCCCACAAACCCUGUGGGUGCCUGGGCUCAAAGUCUGACCGGGGAAAAAGGGAUGGGAUGCACAGAGGUUGGGGCAUG